AUGGCUCUCAGCUUCUUCAGCGGUGGUGGGAGCUCAAGUAAUGCGAAAUAUUUUGAUAUUCGUCUGAACGAUGACUAUAUCGUGUUCCGUGGCGGCGAGCACGAGGCUGCCAGUGCCCAUCUAAAGGGGACCUUGGUGCUGUGCUUGUCUGAGCCUCUCGCCGUAAAACACAUUCGGCUCGAACUCACGGGCAUGUCACGGGUUUGCUGGCACCUUCCUUCAAGUUCGUCAACCGGUGGCCGAAAGUCAUGGCGAGAACGCGUCUUCUACGAUAAGACAUGGCGGUUUCGGGACCCUGGCAAGGGCAAGACAGAGAUUCUCGCAGCUGGAAACUACGAGUACCCAUUCGAUGUAGUUUUGGAUGGUGCAAUGCCAGAGAGUGUGGAAGGUCUCUCAGAGAGCUGGGUAAUGUACCGCUUCAAGGCUGAGAUCGGGCGCAAAUAUGCCAAAGAUAUCGUUGCGCGAAAGCCGCUUCGUAUUAUCCGGACGUUGGAUUCAAGUGCUCUGGAGCUAUCGCAUGCGAUGUCGGUCGAUAAUAUCUGGCCGAACAAGAUUGAAUACUCUAUCAGUACUCCGACGAAGGCAGUUGCGUUUGGUACCUCGAUCCGGGUGGAUUUCAAAUUAAUACCCCUGCUGAAGGGCCUGCGCAUUGGACAGACGACGUCACAGUUGAUAGAAAGCCAUGAUUUGACGCUCAACCCGGAAGAUUCCGACCAUAUUCGCAAUACAUACAAGACCACCCGGACUAUCAUCACAGACGAGCAUGAGCUCGAAGAAGAUAGCAUCGAAGUCAUUGAUGAGGUAGCCGAGGGCUAUCAGUUUACACGCUACCUAGACAUGCCCCCCACAUUGACACGCUGUCUGCAGGAUACAGACACCAAGGGCAUUAAAAUCCGCCACAAGUUGAAGUUCCGCAUUCAACUACACAACCCUGAUGGCCACAUUAGUGAACUUCGUGCCACCCUUCCCGUUUCUAUCUUCAUUUCUCCCAGCAUCCAUAUCGACGAGAAUAACAACAUCUGUGAACAUGAUGGAGCGACAACAACAUCGGCAAGCCAGAGGAGAGCUGCCGAUGACAUUGCUACUAAUCAGGCCCCUCCACUGUACGGCGAGCACCAGUUUGAUCAGCUGUACAGCGAGGUUGACCCCAACGGCUACCGUACACCGGGACCGGGCAGUGGACCAGGCACACCGUUUGGCCCUCUCAGUCGCAACAUUUCAUCGGAGAACCUGGCAUCGAUGAAUGCUUUGACCAACACUGAUAUCUCCGCUUCGGCGCUACAUCGUCGACUGCAGUCCCUGAACGCGAACUACUACGCUGGAUUCCCAUCUCCCAACGAGAGUUCAUUCGAGUCAGAAAGCCAUCCCAACUCACGACAACUCAAUGUGCAUUUCGAUUACUUCGGGCCAACAUCUGGUCCAACAUCUGGUCCAACAUCUGGCUCCACAACGCACGGCCCAGCAAGCCCUGAGCUCUCUCGCAGGCCUUCGGACGAAAUGGACCCGGAUCGCAUCCCAUCUGGCAUGGCGACUCCCUUCCAUCCACAAUAUGCCGAGGUCGAGACACUCAGUCGAGUUCCCAGCUACUCGACUGCCGUGCGCGCCAACAUUGGAUUUUCUGAUUCCAACCUUCCCGACUACAAUACAGCUAUAUCGACCAGCUUGCCGUCAACGCCAAUGCUCCAGUCACCACAACAGGCCUAUCUUCGCAGUGGGCGGACUAGUGGGAUAUUAACACCAUCGGAGGUCAAUCACCCUGGUUUACACAAUUUGCACAGCUCGAAUGCUGACGAUGCGGAACGCAGCCUUCGACUAGUACAAGCCCGCGCUAGAGCGUGA